AACGGGGGCGGGGACCCAGCGGACGCGACUGGGCUGGCUCAGCGGCCAUUGAUGCGCUUUAUCUCCGAGAGGACGCACUCCCGGGGCUUUAAUCCUUCUCCGUUUCUCCUCCCCUGCUCCGCAGCCAUGGUUUCUCACUCGCUCGCCCUGCCGAUGAUCUGCUUCACCACGCUGUGGGGGCUCGUGGGGGUCGUGGCUCCGUUCUUGGUGCCCAAAGGACCCAACCGGGGCGUGAUUGUCACCAGUCUCAUCCUCACGGCGGUCUGCUGCUACCUGUUUUGGCUGGUGGCCAUCUUGGCCCAGGCCAACCCUCUGUUCGGCCCUCAGCUGAAGAAUGAAACGAUCUGGUACCUGCGUUACUUCUGGGAGUAAACGAGGAGGACCCUGUGACGCGAUGCCUCCCGUCAUUCCUGGUGUUCUGGACUCUUUCAUUUUCAGCUCCUCUCUAUUAAACCUUCACACCGACCUGAAGACGACUGAAUCGUCACGACGACUGAAUCGUCACGACGACUGAAUCGUCACGACGACGUACCCGGAGUUUAACAUUUCAGAGUGUAUUGAGACGCAUGUUGUGGGUUUCUUUCCGAGGCACGGGGAGUGUUUCGUGUUUUUUGGUCAGUUGCUGAUGAUGAAGACUUCCGGUGACGUCGUCCUUCAGGAUUAGAUGUUAACCUUCCUUCUCAGAAACGUGCAAUCUGUAGGAGCUUAAGUUUGUGUUCCUUUACAUGUUUUAUUUAUUUUAUUAUGUGUGUGUGUGUGUGUGUGUGUGUAUGUCGACCGCCAUCAGGGAACACAAAUUUCUUUUUAAGUAUUUGUAUUUCAUGACGUGAGCGCGCGCCGCGUGUUGCGUAACCGUCGUUGCCAUGGUGAUCUCGUCGACCCCAUUCAAGUCCCUCUCUCCACUCGACCCCUUUUGAUGAAAUCCUGCCUUGCUUUUCUACAGAUGUGGGCUGUUUGGUUUUAUUUUAUUUAAAAUUAUUUUAAUCUUCACCCCCCCCCCACACACACUAAAAAAUAUUAUUAUAAAUAUUAUUAUUAUUAUCCAUUAUUCCCAGCCCCAUUUAAGGGGCGGAUGAAAGAUUUUAACGGAUAUCACCUUGAAGCUUUUCCCAGUCGAUUGCUUCACAUUAGGAAAAUUAUUCUUUUUCUGAGUUUUCUGGAAAUGUUGUGUUUUAAAAAUAUGCAAAUGAGGCAAAUAUGCAGAACGGAAAAAUACGAACGUUCUUGGAUCAGUUUGUUGGGACGUGAGUCAAAAGCUUUUUAAAACGGGGGGAACACGAAUCAGAGUCAGAGUCUGAGAACUUUAAAGAGAUGUUUUGUUAACUUACACACAUUUUGAGGACCCUGCAGGUGAACAAGGUCAAACUAAUUAACAGCUUAAUUGAGAAGAUUAUUUUGUACAUUUUCUCCUAAUUUUCUGGAACCUCAGGACUGGACGCCGACACGCCUUCCUCCUCCCGAUCGCUUUGAGAGUCUCAGCUGCGAGCCACUACCACGACCGCGACCUCCCCCCUCCUCUCCCCUGAGAACGCCUCCUUCAACACUGUCCCCCCCCCCCCCCCCCCCCCAUCCUCUUCUCUAAAACCACUUUGCUUCAGCCAAAAAGAAUCAAAAUCAAUAUACAGCUACUUUUUAGAAAGACCAAAUUGCGUUGUAUCUUUUCCUCCAGCCCUCUUUGGUAGUUGCGGUGGUGGCGUCGCACCUAAAAGCUGAUGAACGGCGGCGAGCGAUCGCACCCGAUCACAUCGCUAACGUGAGGCCCUCCUCGCCAGAAUGCUGCUCUUUAGUUGUGGACUCCCGAGUAGAUCGGUUGUUUUCUGUUGGUGAUGUCGGAGAAAAGAAACUGAACAUCAGUCCAGACUGUGAUUUUACUCUCUUCUUUUUUAUUACAGUUCAUGUCCUAAAACCUGCAUUCUCUCUCCUGACCACCAGGGGGCAAAUCCUCUGGUUGUAUAGAAGUCUAUGCUUCAUGUGUUAAAGCUGCAUUCUCUCUCCUGACCACCAGGGGGCAAAUCCUCUGGUUGUAUAGAAGUCUAUGCUUCAUGUGUUAAAGCUGCAUUCUCUCUCCUGACCACCAGGGGUCGACUCCUCUGGUUGUAUAGAAGUCUAUGCUUCAUGUGUUAAAGCUGCAUUCUCUCUCCUGACCACCAGGGGGCGACUCCUCUGGUUGUAUAGAAGUCUAUGCUUCAUGUGUUAAAGCUGCAUUCUCUCUCCUGACCACCAGGGGGCGACUCCUCUGGUUGUAUAGAAGUCUAUAUAAAUGACUCUACUUCUCUUGAUUUAUUCCCUCAGUAAACAUUGUAAACAUGAGUUUUUGGUCUCAAUCUCUAGUUUCAAGCAACGUAAAAAAAAAAGUGAAACCACGAAACUCCACAACGACCCCCGAACGUUAUUAUUUUCCUUUUCUUAUGAAUCUGUUCAUAUGAAUCUUCUGCUUAUCUGAUAAAUAUCCCUGGCGACAUACAGAUGAUGGAGAGCGGUGUGUGUGUGUGUGUGUGUGUGUGUGUGUGUGUGUGUUCAGAGUCCCCGUACUGAAUAACAGAUCUGAUUGUCGGUGGAGAUCUUACAUGUGACCUUGUGUUAGUGUGAAGUAAAUGUUUCUAUGUGAAACACCCAAUAAAAUAUAUUU